AUGGCCAGCCUCGUCCCACAGACAGGAGUCCACCAGGUGGCCGCUGCGCGCGCCGUGUCCAGGCAGAGAGAGCUAGGUCGAAGAUGCCCUGAGUUGCCAUCCAGCUCGACGAGCUCUCAUGCAUUGUCAGCCUCCCUACUGGCGGGCGCAGUUGCCGGGCUUCACCGACGAAGUGUUAGUCGUCGCAGCAGAUUGCCGUUGCGGGUGGCCACCUUGGACAAGCCCAGCAUCAUCGAACGCGAGGACCUGCGCAACAUCGCGAUCAUUGCGCAUGUCGAUCAUGGCAAGACCACAUUGACCAAUGCCCUGAUGAAGCAGUGUGGAAUGGAGAAGGUGAAGUCAAUGGAUAGCGACCAGCUGGAGCAGGAGAUCUCCGACCUUUGCAUUUUGACUCCGAAACAAAAAGAAGCGAAGAGAGAUGUUUGA